AUGCCUCUUGCGGGCGCGGACUCGGACGGCGGCAGCAGCAGCGAGGAGCUGGUGCUCACCCCGGCACAGCUGAUCCGCAGCCUGGAGCAGGCCUGGCUCAACGAGAAGUUCGCUCCGGAGCUGCUGGAGAGCAGACCCGAGAUCGUCGAGUGUGUCGUGGAGCAGCUGGACCACAUGGAAGCAAACCUUAAGCGGGCAAAGAGAGGAGACCUGAAGGUGAGCGUGCACCGCAUGGAGAUCGAGAGGAUCCGCUUUGUGCUCAGCAGCUACUUGAGGUGUCGGCUGGUGAAGAUAGAGAAGUUUUUCCCUCACAUCCUGGAGAAGGAAAAGUCUCGAGCUGAAGGGGAGCCCUCCAUCCUGUCACCAGAGGAGUUUGCUUUUGCUAAAGAGUACAUGGCGAACACAGAGGCUUACCUGAAAAACGUGGCCCUAAAACACAUGCCACCCAACCUGCAGAAAGUGUCUCUCCUAAAAUCAGUUCCAAAGCCCAACCUGGACUCCUUUGUGUUCCUGAGGGUGCUGGAGCGGCAGGAGAACAUCCUGGUGGAGCCAGAGACGGAUGAGCAGAGGGAAUACGCCAUCGACCUGGAGGAGGGCUCCCAGCACCUGAUCCGCUACAGGACCGUGGCCCCGCUGGUGGCCUCGGGCGCCGUGCAGCUCAUCUGAGGGCAGCGGCUUUUCCAGGUGUGCGGCAGGCGGGCUGUCGCCCCCCCAGCCAUGCCCGUGGACCUGGCCGUGCGGCUCUGCCUGAGCCACUCGCCCCCCAUCCGCAAGCUGCUGAACUCCUA